UUGAUGGAGUCAGCUGGGUUAUCGGGGCCCACUGGGGCCCCGGCCUCGAAGAAGGCCAAAGAGCGGUCGAAGAGCCGCAGUCGUCGGCGGUGGCAAAAAGGCAAGGCCAAAGCCUCACGAUUAUUGCACAGCAUGGACCUGCGCACAAUGACACAGUCGCUGGUGACUCUGGCAGAGGACAACAUGGCCUUCUUCUCAAGCCAAGGCCCUGGAGAGACAGCACGGCGGCUGUUGGGCGUCUUUUCAGGUAUACGGGAGCAGGCGCUGGGACUGGAGCCAACCCUGGGCCGCCUGCUGAGCGUGGCACACCUCUUUGACCUGGACACAGAGACUCCAGCCAAUGGGUACCGCAGCUUGGUGCACACUGCCCGCUGCUGCCUGGCACACCUGCUACACAAAUCCCGCUACGUGGCCUCCAACCGCCGCAGCAUCUUCUUCCGCACCAGCCACAACCUGGCUGAACUUGAGGCCUACUUGGCUGCUCUCACCCAGCUCCGUGCUCUGGCCUACUACGCACAGCACCUGCUGGCCAUCAACCAGCCAGGGGGGCUCUUCUUCGAGGGCGAUGAGAGGCUCACCGCUGAAUUUCUGAGCGAGUAUGUCACACUCCAUAAAGGCUGCUUCUAUGGCCGCUGCCUGGGCUUCCAGUUCACACCUGCCAUCCGGCCGUUCCUGCAAACCAUCUCCAUUGGGCUGGUGUCCUUCGGGGAGCACUAUAAACGUAAUGAAGCAGGCCUCGGUGUGACCGCCAGCUCCCUCUUCACCAGUGGCCGCUUCGCCAUCGACCCAGAACUACGUGGGACUGAAUUUGAGCGGGUCAUACAGAACCUGGAUGUACACUUCUGGAAAGCCUUCUGGAACAUCACCGAGAUCGAAGUGCUGUCGUCUCUAGCCAACAUGGCCUCAACCACGGUGAGGGUAAGCCGCCUGCUCAGUCUGCCACCUGAAGCCUUUGAGAUGCCACUGACCUCGGACCCCAAACUUACAGUCACCAUCUCCCCUCCCUUGGCCCACACGGGCCCCGGGCCAGUGUUUGUCAGGCUUAUCUCCUAUGACCUGCGGGAAGGACAGGACAGCGAGGAGCUCAGCAGCCUGGUGAAGUCCGAGGGCCCGUGGAGCCUGGAACUUCGGCCACGACCCCAACAGGUGCCCCGCUCACGGUUCCUGGUAGUGCACAUCCACGGCGGUGGCUUUGUGGCCCAGACCUCCAAAUCCCAUGAGCCCUACCUCAAGAGCUGGGCCCAUGAGCUGGGAGCUCCCAUCAUCUCCAUCGACUACUCUCUGGCCCCAGAGGCCCCGUUCCCCCGUGCCCUGGAAGAGUGCUUCUUCGCCUACUGCUGGGCCGUCAAGCACUGUGCCAUGCUUGGUUCAACAGGGGAGCGGAUAUGCCUUGCAGGGGACAGUGCAGGUGGGAACCUCUGCCUCACCGUGUCCCUUCGGGCAGCAGCCUUCGGGGUGCGGGUACCAGAUGGCAUCAUGGCGGCCUACCCAGUCACAACGUUGCAGUCCACUGCCUCUCCCUCCCGCCUUCUGAGCAUCAUGGACCCACUGCUGCCCCUCAGCGUGCUCUCCAAAUGUGUCAGCGCCUACUCAGGUUCAGAGACAGAAGACUACUCGGACCCAGACCAGAAGGCACUGGGCAUGAUGGGGCUGGUGCGACGUGACACAUCCCUGCUCCUCAGAGACCUCCGCCUGGGUGCCUCCUCCUGGCUCAACUCCUUCCUGGAGCUGAGUGGGCGCAAGUCGCAGAAGUCCUCAGUUUCUAUAGCAGCCCCUAAGUCUGUCCCUCCCACAGAGCCUAUGCGGAGGAGCGUGUCUGAAGCUGCCCUGGCCCAGCCAGAGGGCCCGCAGGGCACAGACUCCCUCAAGGCCCUAAAGGACUUGAGCCUGAAGGGCAGCUCCGAGACGUCGGACACCCCUGAGAUGUCACUGUCCGUGGAGACACUUGGCCCCUCCACUCCCUCCGAUGUCAACUUCUUUCUGCGACCUGAGGAUUCACAGGAGACACAGUUGCUGAACACCAAGGACAGAGGCCCGGCUGUGAGCUUGUUCCCAGAAGGUUUCCAACCACGGCGCUCCAGCCAAGGGGCCAUCCGCAUCCCCCUCUACUCCUCUCCCAUCGUCAAGAAUCCCUUCAUGUCACCUCUGCUGGCGCCUGACAGCAUGCUGAAGACCCUGCCACCCCUGCAUAUCGUGGCGUGCGCUCUGGACCCCAUGCUGGACGACUCGGUCAUGUUCGCGCGCCGACUGCGCAGCCUGGGCCAGCCGGUGACGCUGCGCGUGGUGGAGGACCUGCCGCACGGCUUCCUGAGCCUGGCGUCGCUGUGCCGGGAGACGCGGCAGGCCGCGGGGCAGUGCGUGGAGCGCAUCCGCCUCAUCCUCACGCCGCCCGCCGCGCCGCGCUGAGCCGCCGGCCCGCGCGGGGACGGGGGGCUUGCGGGGGCGACACUAAAGACCUCUUGCUCGCAUGUGCGCUGGCCUCCGUGAUGAAUGCGCUCCAGGC